GACCUAAUGUGUGUAGCUCCUGGGCGGUGGUUGAGCUUCAAUUGCCAGAGAUGAGCUGAAAACCGAAGGAUGGAAGCCCGGGUUCCUUGAUGCGCACGGAUCGAUAUGCCAUCUCAACAUCGAUCAGUGACGUUGGAGACCUCUUUCCAAGCAGGAACGAUCCGGAUUCCAAUCCACAAGGGACUUCAUGAUCCCCGACCGACAAACCCGCAUCUCUGCCCUGAGUUCCAUUUUCAAUUCUUUUCCUCAACGAAGCUUCCCUCAUUCCUUUUUCUGUCCUACUACACUACACUACACUACCCACAUCAUCAGAUCUCCCAUCAACCCUUUGGAACCAUUUAUCCAUCUCGUCACCCCCCGCCCACCAUUGCCUUUCCGCGCCCUUUCAUUGUGGCUUUGCCCGACAACUACCAUCUAGACUGGACUAACCAACCCAGAUUAUCCCCUUGGCUUGCCCUUGGCAGCACUUUUCGAUCCAACACUGCCUGGCCCUUUCAACACGUCUUUCGCCCAUCCGCUCAAAAGUGAGGGUGAACGCCCAGGAACACGCCUUGUCUGGGCAAAUACUCUUUUCAGAGGGGCGAUACACAAGAAACACCCCACCCGUCUGCCCAUCCAACGCCUGGAUCGAGUGAGCAUUCGACGGUUCAGUUUUGGGCAUCCGCACAUACCGGCAAAAGACACAGGUACUUGCGGCGCAUAGGCAACCGGUAAUUACCUGGCCAAUCUGAACAGGGGGCCCUACCAUUGCGAAACAGCAGUCCCUUGAUAUAUCCAGUAAACAUCAUGUCCUGGUUCACGGUUCCCUUCCGCGCCCAAAUUCGUCGCGCGUCCAGUAUCGUUGCGCCCAAACAUCAAGGCGACCAUCCCAACGGCAUCUCCAACGGAAACGGUUAUACCCACAUUAACGGUACCAACCCAAGCACCAACGGGCAUCUGAACGGUCACAUCAACGGGCAUACCAACGGGUACACCACCAUGGACUCGGAACGCCGCCCGCUCCUCGCCAACGGAACCGGCAACGGCGGCCGCUGGACCACCGAGUCCGACUCGGACUUUUCAUGGCGCGACUUUUUCCUUGAUACCACCAAAACCCCUGGCACCAACCAUCCCAAUCCCCUCGUCAAGUACCCUACCCGAGUAUGGAAUGUCACCAAGGUCACUCUUCUGAGCUCAUGGAUCAACAUCCUUCUCAUCUUUGUGCCCCUAGGCAUCAUCGCCGGCGAGCGAGGCUGGAGUGCGCCGGCAGUGUUCACUCUCAACUUCUUCGCCAUCAUCCCUCUGGCUGCGGUCCUCUCCUUCGCAACCGAGGAGAUCGCCCAUAGACUGGGAGAAACCCUCGGCGGUCUGGUUAACGCGACAUUUGGUAAUGCUGUGGAACUAAUUGUCAGUAUCGUUGCCCUCCGCGCCGGCGAAAUCGAAGUGGUCCAAGCCUCGAUGCUGGGCUCCAUUCUCUCUAACCUGUUGUUGGUGCUGGGAAUGUGCUUCCUCCUCGGCGGCAUCUUCAACAUGCGCGACUCCAACGGCGUCGGCAUCGAGCAGACCUUUGCCUCCGGGACCGCCCAAACCACGUGCUCCAUGAUGACGCUGGCCUCGGCGUCCCUCAUCAUCCCCGCGGCGCUGUACACCAUGCUCAACCACUCGGACAGUCAAGAGAAGCAAGACAGUAUCUUGAUGCUCUCGCGCGGUACCGCCGUCAUUCUCCUGCUCCUCUACUGCGCCUACCUCGUCUUUGUUCUGCGCACCCACAAGGAGUUGUUUGAGCCCGAGGCCCAAGCCGUCGGCGACGUGGUUACCGAGCCCAAGGAGGAUCCCGUCUUGUCGCCCUGGUCGGCCGCCUUGGUCCUGAUUGUCACGACGGUCAUCAUUUCGUACGCGGCGGAUUACAUGGUCGACUCGAUCGACGAUAUUGCUGCCACGGGCGCCAUGAGCAAGACGUUUAUCGGUCUGAUUUUGAUUCCCAUUGUCGGCAACGCGGCCGAGCAUGUGACGGCUUGUGUGGUGGCAGUCAAGAAUAAGAUGGAUUUGGCCAUGGGCGUGGCGAUUGGCAGCAGCAUUCAGAUUGCGCUGUUGGUUACCCCGUCUUUGGUUCUCCUGGGUUGGGCGAUUGGACAGCCCAUGUCGCUGCACUUCGAGACGUUUGAGACGAUUGCCUUUGCCUUGUCGGUCAUGGUGGUUACGUAUACGGUGCAGGAUGGAAAGAGUAACUACUUGGAGGGUGCUAUGCUUAUGGGACUUUACAUCAUCAUUGCCCUCGCGUUCUGGGCGAGCCCGGCUGAUGCUCUUCAGAAACUUUCCACCAUUUUCUAAAUGCAAAGUUACAGGUUUGCCGUACUGGAGACCUUGACGGCAUUUUUUUUUCUUCUUGGUUGUUUUACUACCUACUACAUCCAUUUCUUUGUGUAUUUUUACACGACGACCAUUUUUCUAGUCACGAAAUACGUUUCUUACAUUGGGAGGUUUUCUGGUAGGGAGCGCCCAAGAGCGAGCAUAGCUGUUGAAAAGGGAGAAGGAUACCCGAGUGCUGUUGGAAAACUGAACUGGAAAAAAGCGGCUAGAGAUCGGUCACUGGUAGGCCUCUCACAUGGAAGAGAAGAGGGCUGGCGCAGAGCAGAAGCAGCAUGGGAUUCGAACAGCUGUUUGCAUACAUACAAUUCAAUCAAAAUUUAUUAUACGUUGUCCGCUUGCUAUA